UGUCAUUCUCCUGUGGGAAGAGUUCACCGGCGGACGUGUUUCGAACAAUCGUUGUUCUACAGAGCGGUCUCGAGUCGAGUCGGGUGAAACCUUAUAACGCCGUGCAGUUGGCAGCUUGCGAGGGCUCAUCGUCGGUUCCCCCAGGUUCUACGAUUCAGUUGCAGCGCGAACGUUGUCAGUGUUACACGCGCGUUACGCGAUAAGCUUUGGAAAAUUCUUAAGGCUCACUUCGGUGUUACGAUUGGAUUAAUCUUAUUAAGGUUAAGCUCCUGCGAAAAGUGAUUGAAAAUAAUUUCCUGGAAAAACAAAUAAGCAAAGAAAUAUAAACCGGAAAAAAGUGGAAUUCUAAAGUGAAUAUAACAUCAGUAUUGGUCAGUCAGUCAGUGUACUUAAGUGCAUCUUGAUUAAGCCAUGCGAUUGUGUGCAUCUGGUCGACCCUGCAACGUUCCCACACCGUUACAGUCUGGGGUUGUGCUAAGCUCAUCGGCGAAUGUGAAUGGUUGCAAUUCGAUAGCUUCAAAGUGUGUUACAAAACGUGCCGCUAGUACGAUCUACUAGUGCGGGACCGAACUAGGCACGUUGCUUCCAGCUGCGUCAUACGAGAGUUUGUUACAAAAAGAUUGAACAGAGAGUUGUGUGUGUGUCUGCACUAAAACAGCUACUAAGCUAGUAAGUAGCACAUCGUUGCUUGCGCUCAAAUACAUUGGUGGUGAUAAAGUGUGUGGUUGACUGUGCUAAACAAUAACCCACUGACAUGCUAAUCAAAAGUGAUCCCAUUGAUUCAUCGGCCAAUUAUAUUGAUUAUUACAUCAAUUUGAAAACAUUGAAGGUGAACGUCCCGAAGAGACAAAUUCAGCUGCAAACCACCGAGGAUUCCGUUAAGGCAGUGCUGUUUUCUGUACCCCAGGGAAAUACCUAAAUGGAUCCGGAGGCUCAAUUCGUUGAAAACAAACGCAUUGUGAAUCACACAAGUCAUCGAUAGGAGCAUCAAGUAAAUUUCAUUUGCGUCGUCAACAACGAGGCGGCUGAACCGUUUUGUGGGUUCCAUUAUAAGUAUAGAAAUAUACACCAGUAGGUAAAUAGGCAGCGCGUGGGACAGGUUUGUUUCCACGUGACGAACAAGGCGGUGGUAUGGAAUGGUUGCUAGCGAAUCCGCAGAUUAACAGCACUUUUGGUUCGCUCGGUGCGGUCGUGGAUGAAGUGUACCUGGUGAGUGAGGACUGUCUAGUGAAUCUGGAGGAAAUCAUCGGCAAAUUGGCCGUCGAAGAUACUACGCUGAGAACAUUCCGAAGGGCGAUUGGGUUUGGUCAGAAUGUUAAGAACGAUAUUGUCCCGUUGUUGGUUCAUGCCAAGGAUUCUAAGAUUCUCGAUCCGACAAUUCGGUUACUGGUGAAUCUGACCGUGCCGGCGGAAUGCUUACUUCCGGUGGAUUUGGUCUCCAAGUCGGAAAUUGGACGGCACACCAUUUUCGAGUUGAACAAACUGCUCAUAACCAGCAAGGAAGCGUUUGUCGACUGGAAAACAACCAAGGCAGUUAUCGAUUAUAUGAAGUCCAUCCUCGAGAAGGACAGCAAGCUAUCGGUACAGAAUUGCGACAGUAUUAACAAUUGUUUGUUGCUAUUACGGAACAUUCUGCAUGUUCCUGAGGUGAACACGCCUGGCGAAACGAAGCCAGCUCACAGUACAUCGUUGCAAAAUCAGAUACUAUGGAACUUGUUUACGCAAAGCGUGGACAAGCUGUUGAUCUACCUGAUGUCUUGUCCUCAGCGGGCAUUCUGGGCCGUUACGAUGGCUCAGUUGGUGGCCCUGAUGUACAAAGAUCAGCACAUCAGCACCCUCCAAAAGCUGCUCAGCUUUUGGUUCGAAUCUACCCUGUCCGAAAGCUCCGAAGACAACGAGAGCAACACUUCGCCACCACAGCAGUGCAGUGGAGAUUCUAGUCCCAUGCUGACGUCGGACCCGACUUCGGACUCAUCCGAUAAUGGUGAUAGCUUGACACUGGGAUGGGAUCAUCAGUGUACUCAAACUACUUUACCAAUUCCAGGAAGUUCCAAAAUGAACACCUCCAUUAGCAAGGAUCCGAGUGAGGCCGAGCAGGUUUCCCGAAUGGGGACCGAGUUUCCGACGCAGAUCAUCGUGGCACGAGCCAUCAAAUCGCAUCAGAUAUACCAUCAAACGAUGGGAACCACCUGCGCAGCUAAGCAUCCAACACAACCAGCCCAUCCGCAUGAUCCCAAGGCUCCGCUGGUGACGACCAAUUCUCCUCCGGGUGUCGAGAACUCUACUGUAAGUCCCAAAUUACCCAGCGAUUUACACGCUUUUCAAUCCCCCUUUCAGGUGCAGCCAAAACUCGCUACUUCAACCUCGUCUCCUACCGGUGCUCCGGCAUCCAAAGUGGACACAUCCCCAAAAACCUCCCCCAGUCCUCCCACUACUCCUUCGCCGGCUAUCUCUUGCAAAGAUUUAUCCGACGACCCCAAAUCCCCUUCGUCCGGCCAAGAAAGCACCGGACCGUCCUCUACCACCGGCAUCAAAAACCAAGCCUCCCUGUCGGAAACCUCCGACUGUGGCUACGGAACGCAAGCCGAAAAGGAAUCCAUCUCGACGUCCAGCAACGAAGACGAUGUUCCCAACCAGAAGCCGCAGCACCAGAAACCUCCACCGAACCAGAAGCAGCGCUUCAACGCGGCCAACAAGCAACGCAACCCGGCCGCCGUUCCAGACAAGAAGGAACUCCGCCGCAAGAAGCUGGUCAAGCGAAGCAAGAGCAACAUAAUCACCAUGAAGGGACUGAUACAUCACGUCCCAACCGACGACGACAUCUCCAACAUAUUGAAGGAGUUCACCGUCGACUUCCUGCUCAAAGGGUACGGCUUCCUGGUACAGGAACUCCACGCACAAUUACUCUCUGACCUGCAGGUGCAAAUUGACACGUCGCACUUUUUCUGGCUGGUAACGUACUUCCUCAAGUUUGCCUCCCAGCUGGAGCUGGACAUCGAGCACGUGAACACCGUGCUGUCGUACGACAUCGUCUCGUACCUGACGUACGAGGGGGUGAUGCUGUGCGAGCAGCUCGAGCAGCUGACGCGCGUUGCCCAGAACGACAUCAAGCCCUGCCUGCGGCGGAUUCAUUUGGUCGUAACGGCAAUCCGCGAGUUUCUGCAGGCCCUUGAAACCUACAAGAAGAGUUCCCACUUGACCAAGGAGGACCGGGAGUUGCUCAAAACGUUGCAGCUCCAGAUCGGCAGCACGGACGAUUUGAAGUGUUUGUUUGUGCUGCUGUUGCGCUGCUACAACCCGAGUUUGCAGAGCAAACAGUACCUGCAGGACCUGAUUGUGACGAACCACAGUUUGCUGCUGCUGCUGGAUGGAAUCCGGGACAUUCCGGGCGCCAACGUGACGGACAUGCUGUCCCACAUUAGACAGUUUGCAACGGUUGAGAUUAUGCACCAGUACGGACUGAUGCUGGAGGAUUUCCGAGAAAACGGGGCGUUUGUGAACGAUUGCAUUUUCACCAUGAUGCACCACGUGGGUGGUGAUUUGGGACUUAUGAACGUGCUGUUCCAGCCGAAUAUAUUGAAAACAUUUUCACUGAUAUGGGAAACUGAGUACGAGAUAUGUGAUGAUUGGUCGGAUUUGAUUGAGUACGUCAUCCACAAGUUCAUCAACACGCCACAACCAAGCCCGCUAACGCUGACGAGCACGCUGCCAGACCUGAGCUCACAACUGCUGUCGAGUAAUCUGAUGAGCACGUGGACUCAGGAGGAUAAGGAUUCGCUCCAGUGGUACUACGUUCAGUGCAAGCAGAGCAAGUGUAUGGUUGCCGAUAUCCUGCGACUGUUUGAGGAGAACGGAAACCAGCAAAAGACUCGGGUAUCGAUUAUCGAGCAGCUGUGGGAGCAGGACAUUGUCACGUUGUCCCAGUACGAUGAGCUGAUGAAGCUGGAGAACCCGGACUACGAGCGGAACGUGCAAACGCCGGGCUUUUCUGUGGCCUCGGCCAAGUCGGAAAAAAUGGACGACGAUAACCGACCGUCAUCCAAGGCGGUUGAUGACAUACAGGUACUGCGCGAUCGAUUGUUUAAGGAGAACAAAGGAAAGCUGGUUGUUUGGUUGCAAAAAAGUUUGCUUGACUGCUGUUUCGUGAAGCUCAACCUGCUCAGUGGAACCGUCGUGGUCAUGGAACCAGUCCCCUAUCAUUGCAUUUUGCAAAAGAAAUCCAUCCCCAUCGUCCCCUGGAACCUGGAGCAGUUCAACGUGCUCUCGUAUCAACCGUUCGUCCUGCUGCUACACAAGCUGGGAUUCCACCUGCCGGCCGACGCUCGCAAGAUGUUCGUCCGGAUCCCCGAGUUCUGGACCGCUGAAAUACUGUACAACAUUGCCCUGAAGCUGGGACCGCUGGAAAAAUCCAUCAUCAAGUUCGACCUGAAGCACCUGAACAAGGCCCUCUCGAUGGAGAAGCAAACCAAGAGCGAACCCUUCCCCGUGUCGGACGGCGUCAUCAAGCCCGACAUUUACGGCACCCUUGCAAGGUCGAAUAAGUCAAAUCCUGUUCGCAGUGGAUACACGCCGGAUGUCACCACCAACUGGUUGCAGGUCGUGAUGAGGAACAAGGCUGCGGCCGAAAGCGCCAGCAGCACACGAGCGAUGGAAAUUCCGGUGACGCCGCAGGUAAUCGUGUCCACCGGCGCCGCCCUCCACCCCUCCAACGGAAACACUGGAGGAGGAAAACCCGCGUCCCACCCUAAGCUGGCACACGACCUGUCCAUCAUCGUUGAGGCGGCGUCCAACGACGAACUGCCCGUGGGAGAGGAAGACGACGACGACGAGUUGGAUCGGUCCGAUGGUCCCGCCCUGGCCGGGCAUGACGUCGUCAGUGACUGUGAAACAGCAUCAGUCGCCUCCGACCUUACCAGGAUGUACGUCAGCGACGAGGAGGACAAGCACGACAUCGUGCCGCAAAUCCUGUAAGCAACCAGCUGGAACGAACGUGUCCUGGGAGAGCAGUGCUGUUGAUCCAGCACUUGGGAAAUACGAGUGGUUCCGCCAACUCAAGCUGUCCUCCUCACUCGUUUUGCUACUAGUUUAGCACAUCUCGAUGUCUAUCACGUGUUGAAACCACAUUCACGCUGGUUGAUUAAAAACUUUCGCAUCACUGUAACCGUAACAUCAAUCCUGGGCUGGAAUCACACCGGGAAGAGAAAUUUUCAUGUGAUCUCGCAUGGAAAAAUGUGGCAACUCAACUUUAUCUCCCAGAUGACAUCCUUCCGGUGUCAUCAAGUUGUGAAGUUGGGCGAAAAUAAACGUUUUAUAAUGUUCCCUCCAGAUAAGCCUGAUUCGUACACACUAGUAGCACCACGGCGAGGUCCACCACAAUGUUGAAGCAUCGAUUACAAACUAGAUGUAGUAUUCAGUAGCGUUAGUAGCAGAAACAAGGGAAUUAAAUCCGUUCCCGAAAUCGUAAACGUAAGUUCAUGAAAUUGGACGCAUAACACCGUUGUUCACAAUUUCAUGAACAUCCAUUCACGAUUCCUUGAAUGGUUUUUAUUUCCGUGCAGCAAACAUAAUCAGAUAACAGUAAAAAAAGGAUAACGUUGGAUGUCGCAAGCAGCUCAUCUCGCUCACACUCGAUGCAAAUAUUCACUAGUGCGAGCGGGAUGAACGACUUGAUCUGAAGUGUUACACCCUUUUGAGAACAUACCUUAGUCGUAGCAGAAAAGGAAAUAUUUUUUCCUAGUUCUAGAGUUUAGCAAACCCCCCAGAAACGAGAGUCACGACAAGUACAACGAUACUCGCGGACUGAGCAGGAUGCAAGGAAACGAGUGGCUUAUGACAUUUUUACGAGAGCUAGUUUAGAAGUGUAGCGAGCGGAAUAUCAACGGCAUGUGAUGAAAAAGGAUUAUAUUUACAAACUACAACCGCGGUGAACGAUUCAAGCUGGACCAUUUUGAGACUUCCUUUUCAAAUGUCUUCCCCGAAUCCAACUAUAACACCGUCCAACUCGAAGUAAUAUCUGUGCAAAACUCAACUCAAGCCGUGGCCUUAAGUUUGCGGUGGCAAGCAAAAUUUUAGUACCAUGUACAAAGGAUGAGUCGCCCCGAUACUGCAUACAACCUUUGGCGAAAAAUUCAAUCAGUGUGGGUUUUUGGGAACCGCGAACUUUUUGACCGCUUGAGUUGAGUGCAGGAAAACGUUCAGUAGAGUGGUGGAAUAAUUUAAAAUUACUCUGCAUUAAAUAACUAUUUAAAUUGGACUUUUUAAUUUCAGAUUGGAAAAAUAAUAUUUUGAAUGUUUACAUUUAAUUCAAAUCUAGAUUUUAAAUAUUUCAAGAAGUAUAUCAUCCAUUUAAAUAAAUUUAGUUGUUUCUAAUCAUCAGCUUUUCAAAAUAUGAUAAAUAUUCACUUAUUUUAUAUGACAAAAAAAGAUAGAAAAGAUGAGCGAAUGAGAAAGUUUAUAUGAAGUUUUGAUAGAAAAAUCUAUAUUUUUCCAGAUCUUAGUGAGGAUAUUCCAAGGAUAUCGAUCCAUAUUUUAGACUUAGUUAUGUGCACUAGGCAACACUGUUACCAUUAAUUAAAGGAAGAUAAAAAACUGUUUGAAAAAAAUAAUCUUAAUUAAAUGUCCAAAUGUGUGAACAA